AUGGCUAGUCAACUCAUGGGCGAUGCCUUCCACGCUCUGCUUCGGCGAGCGACGGAAGAUACGGACCCCGAUGAUGCACCAGACUCAGGCUCCAAGGAGAUGAGCAGCUCAUGGGCGCUUUUCAUCAUGAUAAUGCUGUUGAUGUUUGCACUAUUCACCAGCUACAUCCUACAACAGAGAAAGAUCCAAGCUGUCCACGAAACAGUUUUGUCUAUUUUUGCAGGAAUGUUUGUCGGACUAAUCAUUCGAUUAACCCCCAAAUCCACCCUCCAGGAUAGCGUCGCCUUCGACUACCAGUUCUUCUUCAACCUCCUCCUACCCCCAAUUAUUCUUGCCUCGGGAUAUGAGCUUCAUCAGGCGAACUUCUUCCGACACAUCGGCACAAUCCUCACCUUCGCCUUUGCCGGUACCUUCAUUUCGGCAAUCGUGCUCGGACUGGUUCUCUGGCUCUGGACGCGUAUCCCACUGGACGGGCUUAACAUCUCCUUCGUUGAAGCGAUAUCCGUCGGCGCGACGCUCUCCGCUACGGAUCCAGUUACAAUCCUGGCUAUCUUCAACCUUUACAAGGUCGAGCCCAAGCUGUACACAGUGAUUUUUGGCGAGUCGAUCCUAAACGACGCUGUCGCUAUUGUUCUUUUCGAGACGGCCCAGAAAUAUGCAGACAGCGAAGCCAGCUCUCUGACCCUCCUCAACCUCUUUGAGGCCAUCGGUCUAUUCUUGCUUGUGUUCUUCGGCAGUAUGUUGGUUGGCAUCAUUGUUGGAAUUGCAACUGCACUAGGUCUCAAGUAUACUUUGGUACGGCGCAUGCCCAAGAUUGAGAGCUGCCUUAUUUUCCUCAUUUCUUACGCUAGUUAUUUCUUUUCUAAUGGCGUUCACUUGUCCGGCAUCGUGACGCUUCUAUUCUGCGGAAUCACCUUGAAGCACUAUGCCUACUACAACAUGUCACGCCGCACGCAGCUAACCACGAAGUAUCUCUUCCAAGUCAUGGCCCAGCUAUCAGAGAACUUUAUCUUCAUUUAUCUAGGGCUAGACUUGUUCGUUGAAUCCAACCUACAGUUCAACCCGCUAUUCAUCCUUGUGGCUGUUUUUGGCAUCUGUCUUGCCAGAUAUCUGGCCGUGUUUCCCCUUUCAAAGGCAAUCAAUUGGUUCAUCCGUUACAAAGCCCGUCGUCGUGGCGUGGAAGUUGCAGAUGAGCUUCCGUUCGCGUAUCAAGCGAUGCUCUUUUGGGCUGGACUGCGUGGCGCCGUCGGUGUUGCACUGGCUGCGGGUUUAACGGGUGUCAAUGCGCCAGCCCUACGAGCUACGGUAUUGGUAGUUGUUGUGUUGACAGUCAUUAUCUUCGGUGGCACCACGGCGCGCAUGUUGGAGAUCAUGGGCAUCCGAACCGGAGUGAUCGAAGAACUCGACUCUGAUGACGAGUUUGAUAUUGAGAUCACCCACGGCGGGACCUACUAUAAGCGCUCUGAUACCGCUCUAGGCUAUACGCCGCGUCGCUCUGGCUCAAACAUCCCUCUAGAUGGCGUUACCACCCCUGGAGGGCGUAUUUCUCUCCGAGAGCGUAAUGAUAGCUACUCGACCGGCAACAAUCGCCGCCCUAGCCCACCGCGGGGUCACACCCGGAUGUACUCAGCCGCAUUCUCGGCCAAAGAUAUGCAAGCGCGACGUGACCGUUCAUCGACCGCAACAUUGCUCAACGGCGGCAAUGCCGGGCCCAGCAGCCGAAGCAACAGCAGUAUCGGUGGUGGUGGUAGCGACGAUGAGUUCGGCCUUCCACCCUCAGGUAAGAGCCGGGCAGACCAAGUUACCCACCCCGACGAUUUCGACUUGGACCUCGAGAUCUCUGACGAUGACCUUCCACCAGCAGCUGGGGGAGCAUCCCGUCUGCGCCGAUCCGCAUCGCAUGUAUCUUCAGCAGGAUCACACACGCCAUCACCUCACAUCGCGUCCGAGAACCCGUCUCCCACCCGCCAACAAACUGGUCUCAGUGCCCGCGAGGCUCUCCGGGACCUGUGGUCCGGUGGUGCGACAGGUGAUCACGCUGCAUGGUUCCGCCAAAUUGAUGAGGACUACAUCAAACCGACACUAUUACUUGAUCAGUCCAAUUACAAGGGACCUGGAGCGGUAUAA